AUGGGUGGAAGAAAGUGGAGCAUCUUGGUGGCCAUCUUCAUCUUACUGAUUGCCAUGGAAGCUGCCAUAGCUCAAGGUCAAGGUGGUGGCAAUGGCAGUGGUAAAGGAAAUGAUAAUGAAAAGGGGAAGGGUCAAGGUCAGGGUAAUGAUAAUGGAAAGGGAAAGGGUCAGGGUAACGAUAAUGGAAAGGGGAAGGGUCAAGGUCAGGGUAAUGAUAAUGGAAAAGGAAAGGGUCAGGGUAAUGAUAAGGGAAAAGGAAAGGGUCAAGAUAAGAAUGGGAAGCAGAAGGGAAAAGAUACAAAACCAAAACAUCAACGUCAUGAAGCCUCAGAUUAUGACACGUUGCCAACACUGCCAUCGGGUCAAGAACGAGGGUUUUGCAGAGCAAACACUACCUGUGAGUACAAGGCCAUUGUCUGUCCACCCGAGUGCACAGAGAGGAAGCCCAAGAAGAACAAGAAGCAGAAGGCAUGUUUCAUUAAUUGUAGCAGCAAGAAAUGUGAAGCCACAUGCAAGGGUAAGUUCCAAGGAACCUCAAAUUUUCUUUAA